AUGUCCCCCCAACAAGCCCUCCUCCGCACCGGCGCACGCAGCCUGCGCACCCCGCUCGCGCGCUCGGCCCUCCGCCGCCCCUACGCUACCCAAGGAGGAGGAGUCGGCGAGACCGGCCUUCGCGGGCCCGCGGACAAUGCGUUCAACCGCGAGAGAGCGGCCGUGAAGCAUCAUGCUGCCCAGACGAGCGAUCUCUGGCGCAAGCUGUCGAUUUACGUCGUCAUCCCCGCCCUCAUUAUCGCGGGCGCAAACGCCUACAGGCUGUGGAACGAGCACUGGGAGCACAAGGCGCACGAGCCGCCGCCAGAGGAGCGCCCGGAGUAUCCGUACCAGAACUUGCGGACCAAGAACUUCUUCUGGGGGGAUGGGGAUAAGACGCUUUUCUGGAACGACAAGAUUAACUAUCACAAGAAGGACGAUGAGUAG